UAAAAAUAUAAAUAAAAUAAAAUAAAAUGGCCAUGGCCAUGGUAUCAUCUCCUUCGUCUUCCUCAAAGCCUAAUAACUUCCCAGACAUCUUCUCCUGGCUCUACAACCUCCCACCGUUCCAUCAAUGGCAGACCAUGUCCGUCAAUCUCAGCCGUCCAUCUGAUCAUCUCACCCUCUCCAUCAACAACUCCAACAACUCCUUCUUCUCCCUCUCCAUCUCCAUCUCUUCCAAUUACUCUCACCUCCCCGUCGCCCUCUGGACCUCCAAAAAGCUCUUCCCAAACCCUAAUUCCCUCAAACUCCUCGACGCUUCCGACACCAACAAUCUCCUCCCGACCCUCCUCUCCAAUUUCAUCGAAGACGUCCUCAAAUACGGCCCCAACAACACCCACUCCCUCAAAGUCGCCGCCGAUCUCUCCGGCGCCGCCGCCGCCGCCGCCGACAUCCUGAAUUUCUCCUUCCUCAACCUGGCCCUCGCCGUCUGCGUCUAUGAGGCCCCCGACGACAUCCGCGGCGGCUGUCUCGCCGCCCUGGUGGAGCAGUACGGCGGCCCGAAGUCGAGGCGGGCGUCGAGGACGAUGAUGAGGGUUUUGGGGUCGAACGUCGAGGAGCAAUGGAUGAGGUCGAUGAAUUUGGCGAUCACGAAUUGGAUGGCAGAGGUGGCGGCAGAGGAGGUGCGGAUGCCGAUGUUUUCGUACUCGGUCUCGACGGCGGGGCUUUGGAAGGUCCAGGUAUACUGUCCGGUGAUGGCGAUGGAGGUGGAGAAGGCGAGCUGCGGGGCGGCAGCAGCGGCGACGGCGGACGAGCGGCUGCUGUUCUCGCUGAGGUAUCAUCAGGUGGAAGGGGUGAUACAGCUCAACUAUGUUGUGGAUGUUCAGGACAAGUGGAUCGAAGUUUUGGUCAAUACUGAUAACAUAAGGUGCGACGUGUUCAAGCUGCUGACGGACCGGCAGCUCCGGGAGCGCGGCGCCGGGGCGUCGGAAAAGCACUUCCCGUCGCGGAUCUCCCUCCAGAUAAGCCCGUCGGUGCAGACGAGCGUGCUGAGCGUGUCGGUCAGCAAGUCCACGCAGAACCCCCGCCGGGACCUCGGCGUCGAGAAGGGCAUCGAGGCGUCGUUCGAGCCGCCGACGGCGAUCGGGCUCCACAUCUCCGCCGGCGAGUCGGUGACGACGACUCUGAAGCCAUGGAAGUUCGAGCAGUCGGUCCACGCCAACACCGCCAAUCUCCACUGGUUCCUCCACGACUCCGGCGACGGCCGCGAGGUGUUCUCCUCCAAGCCGUCCAAGCUCGCCCUCCUCCACCCCAAGGCCUGGUUCAAGAACCGCUACUCCAGCGCCGCCCGCCCCUUCACCCGCCAGGGCGGCGUCAUCUUCGCCGGAGACGAGUACGGCGAGCGCGUCACCUGGCGCGUGGACCGACGCGCCGUCGGGCGGGCGAUGGAGUGGGAGAUCAAGGGCUGCAUUUGGCUCACCUAUUGGCCUAAUAAACACCGCACUUUUUAUACUGAGACCCGGAAGUUGGAAUUUAGAGAGAUUCUUCUCCUCAAUUUGCCUUGA